AUACACAUUCUUAUUUCAUAUUAUAUUCCGUAUACAGUAAUACAUAGUCUCGUGUAAGUUAUACUGAUAUUAGCAAUACAACAUUUGGUUUUGUUGUAUUAAUCUCUGCAUAACCAGAAAGCAAACAUUGCGUUAGUCGUUGGAGAUUAUACUAGCAAUACACCUUUUUAUAUCGGAAAGCAAGCGCUGUAUAAUAAUACAUAAUUUAAUACCGAGAUUAAUAUUCCUUAUCCCUCAAACCACAGACCCCUAGGAGUCCCAGUAGUCCCUUGUUGUGCAGUUCUGGAGCAAUCACUCUAGUUUUAGUCUCUUUCCCAACCUUUGAAAAUGCUGUGUGUGAUCAUUGAGCAUUAUUUGACCUUCUUACUAUUGCCCUAGUGCUUGGGAGCUGGAAUUUCCGACAGAGUUCUCUAAGUAAAAAAAAUUAAGGUCAUUCACAACUUUACAAGGGUAGUGGUCUACUGGCCAAAAGAUUGAGCAGUUAAUUUUAAACUCUAUGGGAACAUAAAUAACCCAGCAGCAUCUAAUUGCAUAUUACAGCCAUGAAUGCACAACAAUUUUUACACUACUCUACAGUCCUAUGUCUAGUUUUAUUUCUCCAGUUUUCUGUAUGAGAUCUGGACCGUAUAUGAUUUGUCAAGUCAAUUUGGUAUUGUAAAAAUAUCGUACUAGUGGAUUCUUAUUAGAAGAGAACACUUUCUUUCAUGAAUUUUCUCAGUAUGUUUAUAUUUUGUGAGCCUGCAUGUGUGGGGAAGCCAAAUAUGUAUUUUUUCUUUGUUUUUGGCGUAGGAUGGCUGUCAUAAUCUAUAAUUGAUGAAAAUGUGAACUUGGUGUGUUGCAUUUGCAAAGGUUGAAAUUGUUGCAUGUCACCAAAACUUUUGGGAUCUCUACUGGCAAUCAUGACAUGCACAUAAAUUGAUAUAAGCAAAAGAGAUUGUGCACCAAGUGAAAUAUGAGUCUGGCAUGUUUGGUAUGCCAUAGUGUUGAAAGCCCAUCACAUUCCUUCAGAAGUUACUCUGUUUCAAGUUCCGACAACGAUGGGAGAUGUUCGGCGAUUGCCAAUUGCUUGAUCAAGAAGAUAACGCUUAGCCACCCCAAUGCAAACGGUGGCAUCACAACAUCUAAAGUAACCCCUCAGCCAACUGAUCAGAGUAAUGGCAUGACAGGUCCCCCACGACUCGUUAGGAGCCGUGCCGUGAGGAGGGAUAUAGUGAGAGACUGGAACUUUGAUGAGGUUGCAUUGGAGCGCUAGUCCAGUAUUGGAAAGAGCAAUAUGUAGGCGCAGAGACAAUAUGCUUGUUUUUAGUGUUAAAUCAGGUAGAAUUUUUAACUCAGUACUUUGAAUCUAGUUUUGGGUGUAAUUGGUGUUGCAGCAAAUGCCACACUAUGAAGAAUUUUUUAUAUAAAUCAUCUGUUGAUAUUCCCUUCCCUUC